CUUAAAAAAAUUCAGUGUAAUUAUUAAAACAAUGGCAGAUGCAAAAAAUGAUACAAAAUCUGAGUCUGAGCACAUUAACCUUAAAGUCCUCGGCCAGGACAGUGCUGUCGUCCAGUUCAAGAUAAAAAAACACACGCCGCUGAGGAAGCUCAUGAAUGCUUACUGUGAAAGAGCCGGAUUAGCGAUUGCAUUAGUGCGCUUCAGAUUCGACGGCGCGCCAAUUAAUGAAACCGACACACCGUACUCGCUGGAGAUGGAGGAAGGUGACACAAUUGAGGUUUACCAGCAACAAACAGGCGGUAGAUGCUGAGCUUAGGUCAUAUUUUAUAAGAAAAUAUAUUUAACUAUUCCUGUUUUCAUUUCAUUUGUUUGUUUAUUUUAUCAGUUUCAUUAUUUCCAUUCUUUUCACUAAUUAAUUCAUCUGAAAUGUAGAUACUCGUUUAUUUUGAUCAAACUGGCGCUCAAUUU